AUUUGCACUCAAGUUGGACAGAAAUAAGCCCCAAGUAUACGGUUUUGUUUUUCUUGGGUUCCAUGGUUUCAUGAUGCAUGAAACAAGUCGACUUGCAAAUUAUCUGCGAAUUCUCUCUUUUGUUUAAAAAUUUAAUUAAUUAAAUCGAUGGCGGGGAGAGGGAGAGGACGAUUUCGAGGAUCUUUUCCUGCUCAAGAUGCGUGUCCUGUCAGUCAACCACCUCCCACUUAUCCACCUCUUCAAUUCAAACCUGUACCAUUGCUUACUGGGAAGAAAAUAGACUACCUUGUGACACUGAAGCAGGAAAUUAGAUCCUCUUUUCGUGAAUCUGGAUAUUUUAUUCCACCCGUAUCUGUUAAAAAAGAUAUUGAGAGAUACACUGAUAAAUACCAACCAAUUCAUGCUGCUGAUCAGAUUGUAUGGGAUAAAAGCCUUUUCCCACGUGAACUUUUUGAAAAGCCAAAAAAAAAGAGAAAAAUUGUGAAGAAACCUAUUGUGAAAAAAGAGACUGCAGUCGUAGAAAAAUUGCAGGCACUGGAAGAGAAAGAGAACACUCUUGAUCCCGAUGAGGAAGAAGAAGAAGGAGCAGAAAAUGUUGAAGAAUAUGAAGACGAAGAAAUGGAAGAGGAGAACGACUAUGCAACUAGUUAUUUUGAUAAUGGUGAAAACUACUUGGAUGAUGAAGAUGAUAAUUUGGACGAUGGUUACGAGUAAUAUGCGUUGAUUGUUAUUUAUAAAACAUUUUUUGUAAAUAUCAGUUGUGUUUUAUUUUUAUGGUAAAAUAAAGCAUGCAUUUUAAGUUA